CAGAUCAUCAUGCAAUUCACGCUGUCACUGCACUUUUGAUGAAGCUCAUGCAUAGGGAUACCCCUGGCAGAACCUUUGUGCUUCUUCCGGGUCGAGUUCCCCUAGCGAGCUCCCGCUGGCUACUAUACGUCGUGCAUGGUGCAUUGGCUCCUAAUUAUCAACCAAUCGAACAAUGGCGUCUUCAACCGCGGCAUCCUCAAGGCUGAUUUCUAAACAUACGAAGUCUUUGUUCAUCUAUGGGACAGCUUGGAAGAAGGAUCACACUACGAGACUAGUGAAGCAGGCCCUCGUUGCCGGUUUCCGAAGUGUUGAUACUGCAGCCCAGCCGAGACAUUAUCAGGAGAAUCUGGUUGGGCAGGCGCUACGCGAAGCUUAUGAGGAGGGGAUUGUUAAGAGAGAGGAUAUAUAUGUGCAAACUAAAUAUACCGCCCCCAUGGGCCAGGAUGUAAACAACAUGCCAUAUUGCCCUCUAGACCCAUUGGAAACCCAAAUCAGGGCUUCCGUUACUUCAUCGCUCAAUAAUUUACGCCACAAGGAGGGCUCGGAAGAAGACUCCUUCAUCAACUGUCUUCUCCUCCACUCCCCUCUUCCUACGAUAGAGGAAACCCUUCAGGCUUGGAAGACCCUCGAAGCCUAUGUUCCCAACAAGGUAGGGGCUCUUGGAGUAUCCAACGUCACAUUACCCAUUCUCGAAGCCAUUUACGAACACUCCAAUGUCAAGCCCUCUGUAGUGCAAAACAGGUUCUAUCAGGCUACUUCAUAUGACGUACCGCUUCGCUCCUUCUGCUUGGAGCAUGACAUCAUGUAUCAGUCAUUCUGGACCUUGACGGGAAAUCCGAAGCUACUGAGAUCGCAGCCUGUGAACACCCUAGGGGAGUCGGCGAAAGUUAAUAAAGCUAUUGCACUCUACGCUCUGGUUAUGGAUCUUGAUAUCGUAGUGUUAAAUGGGACGACAUCCACUCAGCAUAUGGGGGAGGAUCUGGCUGGCAUUGAUAAAGUGCGCCAGUGGGCAAAACAGAGUGAGAAUGAGACAGAGUGGAAUCAAAUCAGGGCUGAGUUCACAAAGCACAUAAAGCCCUGAGGCCCUGUCGCUGGUGCAUACUGGUAUCAAAUUCUACAAGAGUGACCUAGCUAUUAAAGAUUGUAGAUCUGCAUGCGAGCAUCUAGGUGGUUGUGUUUACUGCUAGGUUCACUUUUAGUAA